AUGUCUUUGAGAUGCCUAGUAAACCUCCAAAGUGUGUCUGUAAGAAGAGGUUUCAAAAGAACUCAAUUUUCAAGGUAUUUAAAUACAAAAUUUGGGGCGAUUCAAAAAGAUCACGAUAAGAUUGAACUCAAAGAGCUGAAGGUAAAGACAGGCAAAACUCCUAAAACUCUGCAAGAUCCUUCUCGUUUUCUGAGAAGGACAUCUGUUUUGAAUGUCCCAAAUACUUCAGUUUCAGGUAAUAAUGCAUUGGAACAGGCUCUUGCAAGUUGUUUGAAGGUAAGACCCUGUACUACUAUAACCACUGCCGAAAGAUAUGAUCUAAGAGAAUGUAUAAAGCUGCUGAAUUCAAAUGACUUACAGCCUACAAGCUUGAUUCCAGAUGAAAUUAUUACCUUCAGGUACCAACGCGAUGGCAAGGACGGAGACAUCAUGAUUCUUGGCCAGAAUGCAUCUAUCACCUGCUGGGGAUUUGAUGAAGCGUUCGUUACUCAGAAUAUACUGGGUUUAGUCGAAAAAGCAAGAGUAAAUCCUCUCCCGAGAGAAGCAUUCGAAAGUGAGGAUAUGGACUAUGUAGAGAUAGAAAAUAAGGACGAUUUUCAAAGGAAUCAAACUGAGCUAACCAAAAUAUCAAAUAAUGCUGCAAGCUUGUUGACGAAUUCGGAGGCAAGCUUUUUAGCUGGAGACUUAAUCGUCAUCAACUCCGGUGAUACUAAAUCUAGAUUGCUUAAUAAGGCAGCAUUUUCAAGUGGUUUAGCGAGAAGCACAAAAUUGGCCGUUCUUGAAGGUUCCAUGGAGAGUCAUAUUUUUAACACAAGAAUAACGACGGAAAAAAUAUCAAGAGGUGUCAAGUUAAACUUAAAAGAAAGCGAUGCUUUGAGAUCAAUAGGGAGAUUAUUUUUAAUUAGAGGAAAGUUAAAUCUAUACUCAGAAUUGAUUGAAACGCCAGAUUUAUAUUGGAGUGAACCUCAAUUAGAGAAGAUCUUCAAGCAAACUUCAAAGUACUUAGAUAUUGGACCUAGAAUUGCUAUAUUAAACACUAAGCUCGAUUACUCAACUGAUGAAUGUCGAGCUAUCAUUGGAGUUCUCAAUGAAAGGAAAAGUGCUUUUCUGGAAUGGAUUAUUAUCUAUCUGAUCACUUUGGAGAUCUUUUUCGAAUUGUAUCAUUUCUAUGAACGUUAUUGGCUAGUAAAAAAAGAAAUCAAGAAAGAAAUUUAG